CUGUCAAAUGAAGACGAGAAUCAGAAAUGCCGAAAGUGAACAGAGUCUAGAAAAUCUUUCGUGUGACGUGAAUGGUCUGCUGUUAUAAAAUUAGUGAUGUCAGGCAGUGCGCCUCCCCUGUGGAACCAAUCAGGGAUGAGGAUGAACCCGGAGCCCCCCUCCUCGCAGAUGAGGGCCACAACAGACCAUUACAACAACAAUCCUCAUUCCAGGAAUCCAACCGCUCAGGGUGGCGGCCAAGAUGAUACAUGGGGCUGGGGGUGGGACGAUGACUCCCCCGCCCAGGAAGAUAACGAGUGGGGCUCAGGGUGGCAGAAUGUGGACAGCGGUCCCACUCCUCCACAGCAGCAGCCCACGCCACCCACAGUGGGUUCAAUCCAGAGGCCCACCUCCCAUCAGUACCCGUCUCCCAAUACAGCAGCACCGCCUCCAACGAAACCUCCCGUAAAUAGUUCAGACUUUUUCGAAAACAUCGAUCUUGCCGGGAAAUAUUCGGACAACAACAAUAAGUUUCAAGCAGACCGGUACGCUAACAGUCCGCCGCUAUCUGAGAAACAGUAUGCAGUGCAACAACAAGUUCCUCUGAGGACUAAAGAGGAGGAACAUUAUCAACAACAGCAGCAACUUCACCAACAACAACAGUCGUACUCGUAUUUUCAGUUUUCGCCGUCCGACAACCAAACGAAAUUGAGUUCGCCUCAGAUUCCCGAUCUGUUCGGUCCCCCUGGAGCUGCAACACCCUCUUACAACAAUGUCUCCUCUGCGAAUCAACCUCCCCCUCCACUACAAACUCCGCCCCUAAACAGCUACAGUGGAAUGUACAAUAACUACCAACAUCACAAUGAUAACAGCUCCAGUUUCCCCCCGGAUGCGCAGUUAGGUAACAGUUCUGUAGGGCCGCCUCCUAAGGCUGUCAAUGCUUAUUUCCAACCCCAACCUGAGUACAUAGAACAGAUGCAGAACUAUAGUGUCUAUAAACAACAUCAGCAAGAGCAGCAACUGAGUUAUGGCGAUCAGCAACAAAAAUAUGGUGAUCAACAACAACAGAUAUAUGGGGAUCUGCAGGAUCAACAACAGAAUUUCGGUGAUCAGCGACAUAAUUAUGGUGAACAACAACUGAAACAUAGUGAUCAUCAGCAGAGUUAUGGUGAGCAACAACAGAAACCUGUUGAUCAACAACAUAGACAGGAUCAACAACAGUUAUAUGGUGAUCAACAACAUAUUCAUGGGGAUCAACAUCAAAAAUACGGUGAACAGUUUGGUGUGCAACAACAGAUGCCUCAAGGUCAACAGCAUAUGAUGUACCCCUAUGGCGCCGGUAAUGUGGAUUCCUAUUCAGCAGGGUUUACAAAUGGUGGAACUCAGCAACCGGUUUCAACCGGUUUUGUUGAUAGUAAGUCACCACCACUUCCCCCUCCAGCUUCUUCACCGUUUGCUGCUACUCCAGCAUCUACCGAGGUGGAAAACGUGGAGGUGGCUCCUCCCGAGCAGCCUCAAAAAAUUCCCACUUUGUCGACCAACAAAUCCAGUUCGUCUUUGUUGUCCACUUCGGCAUCGUCCACAUCUUCGCUGCAGUUUGCUGGUGGACAGGCGCGCUGCAAUUUCCCCGACAACCAGGAGACCGUUUUUCCGGACAAUGAGGAACGGCCUUCGUCGUACGACUCUGAGUCACUGACUGCGCAGAUGAGCGGUAUGCGGCUGAAUGCUGCAGGUGCGAAUGUUGCAGUUAGUGCUCCACAACAUGUGACAGUCCCGAAUGCUCCACAACAUGCUACAGCUCCGAAUGCUGCACAGCAAGUGGCAGCCAGUGUGUCGCAACAAGUGGCUGCUCACCCGGUUAGCGUGGCAGAGUCGUCCAGUUUAGAUCAGUGGAACGCAGCUCCCGGCUGGGAGAACCAGGAGGUGGCUCCGUCGCCGUCACCCGUGAACGUGGCCAAGGAGCAGGCGAACCGGUUUGCUGUCGACCGCAAUCAGUACCUUGAGACCGGCCAUCUCUCCUCCAAUCCGGCGCAGCUGGCCUCACUCGACAACGAUGUCGACACCAAUGAUGAAGAAGCUGCACCUCCACCGGGCUUACACCGUAUGGUGACGGGACAAGUGACGGAAGGCGAGCAGGCCUCCGACACAUCAUCGAGUCUGGCGGUGACAUCACAAGAUGGCGGCCUGAUGCAGAGGAUGGUGGUCGGCUCAGGGCAGGAGUCGUCGAUCGGAACCCGGCAGGUGCCUGGCCACGCCCAUGGCCAAUCAGGAGCCGGUGUUGCCGACCAGGAGGCGGGGUCUCAGCUGACCACGCCCCCGCCGCCGGCCGGCCAAUCGCAGCAGCCCUGGCGCAUCAGCGAGCGACCCGAGGAGCGACUGGUGCCUGGACAAGGGGACAUGAACGAGGUCCGCCUAGUAGCAGGGCAGGGAGACGAGCAACCUCCGCCCCUGGGCCAGCGGCUAGUUCCCGGACAGCCGAGUGACGAUGAGAUGUCCUCCAACCCAGUAACUGCCCCCAACAGGAGUCAAGGGCCCCCGGCAGCUGGUGCUGCCUCCAGGGGCCAAGUGCCGCCUGCAGCUGGGGCCGCCUCCAGGGGCCAAGUGCCACCUGCAGCUGGUUCCGCCUCCAGGAGCCAAGCUCCGCCCCCCGGGUCGAGAGGUGAGGUGGAUGGAGGCGGUGGUGAGGGUGAGGAAGGCGGCAGACGCGUGAGGGUAGGGAGGCAGGGGGCGGCUGAACAACAGACGCCCGGUGAUGGACAGGAUAGUGAUGCUGGUACCAAUGCGACCAAUACUGGUCCUAACACUGCACCGGGAGAUGCAUCGUCUCGCGGAGGCAUGCAGCGCUUCGUGUUGGGCCACAACAACUCGACAGGGGGUGAAGAUGAGGAGGAUGAGGGGGCCCUCAGUGGUGACGAGGCAGAUGCCCCCGCAAGUGGCACGGGGGGCCCCAGUGGACCGCCGCCCCCCGGCUUUCAUCGUAUGGUCGUCGGCGAGCUCAGAGGAAAGGAAAAGGAUGUCGAUCGGUCGAGGGACAAGGAUACAGAUGCCGAGGACCGUGAGAAAGACAGAGAUACAGAGUAUUCGGACUCUGAAUAUAGAGGGAACCGAUCCAGGAAGUCCCGGCCAAGGAGAGACAGCUACAGCGACGAUCGCGACAGUCGCGACUGUGCCAGCGACAGAGAGCGCCACCAUCACUACCACGACUACUGGGACCGGCACUGGGACAGCGGGGGCGGCAGUCCCAAGGCCGUGGGGGCGGCACCGCCUUCGGUCGGAGGCGGCAAUUCCCGUCACAAGCAUCGCGGUCAGCGGCGCGGAGAUGAUCGGCACAGCUACGAUCAUUCUCCUGAGUACAGAAGCGAUGAUGAAUACGAUCACAGAGAUAGACACGAUUAUAGAGAUCAUAGGAGGGAUAGAGACAGAGAUAGGGAUCGAGGAGAAACCGACAGAGACAGAAGACGGAGAAGUCCGAGGCCUUAUCGAGAUGACUACUACUAUAGGGAGGAUGUUGACUAUAGGGAUGAUCCUAGGAGACGUAGAGGAGAUAGGCGAAUGCAUUACGAUUACAGAGGAGAAGACUACUAUUCGCGUGAAAAUAGGUCUAGGCCCACCAGCCGUUCAGGUUCCGACUACCGCCGCCAGGCCGCACCACGUGACUUUGUACCCACACCACGUCACCACAGCAACGCCUAUUACCCGGACCCAGGCGCAGUGAACCCAUACCAGUACUACUACCAGAUGCAGCAGUACUACGAGGAGAUGCGUCGCACCGACCCGCAGCGCUAUGCCAGCUGGUACGAGCAGUACAUGGCGGGCAAGCUGCAGUACGGGCAACCGAUGCCAGGAGGCAGCACUGCGGUCACCUCCCACCACGACGCUGACCGUGCCAGUGUGCACUCGGGGCGCAGCUCUGCGCAGGCGCAUCGCACCAACAGUCACACAGAUCGCUCGCUAAACGACAUCAGCAAGACGGGCGACGAAGACGACUUUGGUGAAGAAGUGGAGUCUCAGCGCAACACUCCACCUCUGUUCAUCGGCUCGCACACCAGAGUGCACCUCAGUCGCCAGAACCAGCUGUCGGUCGUGUGGCCGACCGACUACGACACGACUGCGACCGUGUCGCUGCUGCAGCUGACUGCCGCUGCGGUCGGAGCCGACAGCUGUGAUGCAGAUCUGGCUGAACUGCUGGAGUGCCCGGGCCCCUUCACGGCCGGAGUCACUCAUAAGAGCACCGUUGUGCAGUAUCUGAAACGGCGCAGUGAGAUGUCGACGCGCAGUUCGGAGCGGCUGCUCUAUGAUUUGAUACUGUUGGUGGUGCGGCUUAAUGGGGUAGUAGACAAGAACGACGUAGCCGAACUCCUAUUGGCGAGCUACAAGGAGAAGAAAGCGCUGAGUCAGCAGACGACGUCUGAGGAGGAAGCCAGCCUGACGGCGUCGCAGCAAGAGGUGCAAGGCUGGAGCAUGGACGGGGGGGCCAAUAUGGCGGCUGCCCCCACCCUGUCCCAGCAUGAGAUCGUCGCCAAGUUCAGGGAUCUGCUGUUGGAGGGCAACAAGUCUGAUGCGCUAGAAUGGGCAAUACAGAACAAAAUCUGGGGCCACGCGUUCUUCUUGGCGUACAAGAUGGACGCUCGCACCUACAACAACGUGGUACUGAGGUUUGCCAAUGGCCUGGCUGUCAACGAUCCUCUGCAAACUCUCUAUCAGACCAUGUCCGGCAGAGAACCUCAAGCUGCUACCUGUGCAGCUGAUAAGAAGUGGGGAGAUUGGAGAACUCAUCUAGCCAUGAUGCUCAGUAAUCCGUCGGGAAAUGCCGAUCUAGAUAGAAAGUCUGUUAUCACGUUGGGAGACUCAUUAGCAAACCGAGGUCGACUGUUCGCGUCGCACUUCUGCUACCUGACGGCGCAGGUGAAGUUCUCGGACUACACGGACCGCAGCGGGGCUGCCAAGUUGGUGCUACUGGGCAGUUCCCAUCAGCUGCCCUUCACUCAGUUCGCCACCUGUCGCGCCAUCAUGCUCUCGCUCUGCUACGAGUAUGCCAUGCGUCUCAACAAGAAGGACUUUGUUAUGCCUGCUCUUCAGACCUACAAGUACCUGCUAGCCGUGCGCCUAGCGGAAUGCAACAGGCUGGCAGCGGCACUGCAGCACCUGGAGUACCUGGCCAUCGACCUGACCAACCUGCCGCUGGCCGACAGUCGGCCGCUGGCCAUCAGGGUAGCCGAACUGGCCGACGCACUCAAGAUGGCCGACCCCCUCUGCACCGAUCCAGACACUGAUCCCGACUGGCUGGCCAACCUCAAGCAGAUGCUCGAUGAUAUCAGUGAAACUAAUUUGCAAACAUCAAACAUGAGCCGCGCGAUCUCAACAUCAACUGUGUCAACGUCUGGAGCUGACUUGAAUUCCAAUCAGCAGGGAAUGGAGGUUCCGAUGUACGGUGACAACACCAACCUGCAUGGCUGGGGUCAGCAGCAGCAGCAGCCUCCUAUGACUUAUGACCAAACUGAUAGCAAUGGCAUGCUGAAUCCAAAUGCGGUUCCCAUGAUCAGCAAUCUCCAGCAGCCGUAUCAGCAGUCCCAGUUUCAAACAGAUUAUACAUCACCGCCCACUUACGGCAUUGACCAGCCAAUCAGCAGCAUUCCUCAGCAACCAAAUCAGCAGCAGCAACCAUGGGAGCAGCCAGCCGCCAACUCCUGGCAGAAUCAGCAGCACAUGUAUCAGCAGGACCAGCAUCAGCAGUAUGGCAUGCAAGAUCAGCAACAACAGCACGACAUGAAUCAUCAGCAUGAUAUGAAUCAUCAGCCAACUGAUGCUGGGUACUCGACAGGUGGCAUCACGUUGAACUCUGGGCCAUCGUCCUACUACAAUAGUGCGUCACAACAACAGCAGAAUCAUCAGCAACCUCCCCAGCCACUCACUGAUAAUAAAACUCAGACAGCCAAAGACAAGCCGAAUCCUGAGCCGAAAGGCGGGCAGAGCUCGGAAAAGUCGGCGAGAAAAACCAACAAAAAGGCAAAGGAAGCUUCAAACAGCACUGGAUGGUUUGGAGGCAUUUGGAGCACGUUCUCUCUCAAGCCCAAAAAUCAGAUGAAACUGCCUGAUGAUAAGGACCCUUCUAUAAUCUGGGACGAAAAGCUGGGUAAAUGGGUGAACAAGGAUGCCGAUGAAGAAGACGAGGCGGAGAAACUGAAACCGCCCCCCAAGGCAGCCGACAUUCCUGGGUUCCGGCCUGCCCCCCAGGCUCCCGCACCGGCCGACGGUGGGGUUCCAACGCACCCCAUGGCAGGUGGGGUCCCAACUCAUCCUAUGGCAGGUGGGGUACCAACACACCCCAUGGCAGGCGGGGUUCCAACACAUACCAUGGCAGGUGGGGUGCCAACUCACCCUAUGCAGUCUGCAGCUCCAGUAGCAGCUGUUAGCAAUCAGCCGCUGCAGCCUCUGACCAAUAACGGUGCGGCAAACGCUGCUCCCUCUGGGCCACCUUCUGUUAAUAUGUACAAAAUGAAGCGGGGUAAAGGCAUAAAAUCGAACUAUGUGAACGUGUUGGACGGCAUAAAGAACAGCAAUCACCAGCCACCACCCGGCCCUGAUUCCCUAAUGAUGCCCUCGGGACCAUCAUCUCUACCGCCCCCCACAAACAACUUCUUCAUUCCAGCCCCAAUGGAAGGCAACGAGAACGCGCCUAUCGACUUUCUCACUCCAUCCGGCCCUGUCAGCUACGAAUCGACAUCACAAAACAAAGGCCUAGACCAACAACAACCUGCUGAGAAGAAGACGAAAAGUGGCUUAACCUUUCUUGGUUUGUCACGAUGAAGAAUUGUUGAAGUUCGGCAGUAAUUAGGCCCCAUACGGCUCUCUACAACAAUCAGCCAGCUACUAUAGGUAGUCAAGGAGGAGUGCUAGGCAAUUCAAUUAGGACAUCAAAUUAUAAUAAUUUACGGUAUUUAUUUACCUAUGGUGAUUGUGUUGUUUUCGAUUUUUUUAAUAGACAAACAAUUUUUGCUGAAUUCACAAUCUGAGAGUACUUGACGAGAAGGUGCAAUAUAUUAGGUGAUUACGGCCUCAUUAUGAUAGUACUGUUUUAAACUAGGAUUGAACUGUGAAGUGGUACUGUACUGAUUUAUCUAGGCACUUUUUGAACAAUUUAUAUGAUAGUGUGAGAUUUGCUGGUAAUGAAGUGGCUGACUGCAUAGUUCGAAGGAAUUCACUUCAAGAAAGACUGCAACUGUUUAGUGAAUAGUUAGGCCUCACGUAUGAAAGUAUUUAUGAAUUGUGACAUUAAUGCUGAAGUUGAACUUUUGAUUAUUUUAUUCGUUUAUUGCUUUAUAUUCGAUCUUGCCCUUUAGAAAAAUUAAUGUUGAUCAAAUGUCUUACAAUAAUUUUGUUGAAAAACUAUACAAUAUGCUGAAUAACUGUGUAUCUUUUGUACAUUACAAACUCAUGUGAUUUUCUCUUCAAUUUCUGUUACAAUAUUUUCUAUUUAUCAAUAUCCAAUAAACUUCAAUAAUUAUAUUAUUUGAAUCCACUUUCAUUGUUGAAAUUCAUAUAUUUGUUUAUAGUUUAUAUCUAUUAUACUAAUCACCAGCUGUAAGCAGUCUGAUAUAACUGUGUAUCUUUUGUACAUUACAAACUCAUGUGAUUUUCUCUUCAAUUUCUGUUACAAUAUUCUCUAUUUAUCAAUAUCCAAUAAACUUCAAUAGUUAUAUUAUUCGAAUCCACUUUCAUUGUUGAAAUUCAUAUAUUUGUUUAUAGUUUAUAUCUAUUAUACUAAUCACCAGCUGUAAGCAGUCUGAUAUAACUGUGUAUCUUUUGUACAUUACAAACUCAUGUGAUUUUCUCUUCAAUUUCUGUUACAAUAUUCUCUAUUUAUCAAUAUCCAAUAAACUUCAAUAAUUAUAUUAUUUGAAUCCACUUUCAUUGUUGAAAUUCAUAUAUUUGUUUAUAGUUUAUAUCUAUUAUACUAAUCACCAGCUGUAAGCAGUCUGAUGAUAGAUAAUCAUAUCUCAUGUAAAAACUAAUAGGAAUUAUACAAUUAUUAAUUGUGAAUGUGUAAAAUAGAUUUUCUGAUUAAUGUAUUUUUGUGGAUCCCUUAUUACCAUGUCUACUGUGGUAUCAAUUGCUGUUGUAUAUCAAUUCGGAAACAAUUUGAAAACUGUUCAAGAUAUUAAUAUGUUUUGCUCUGUAAAAUUAAGUUGUCUGUAAUAUUUUGUUUCUUAAAGAUUACCGUACCUAUUUUUAUGUAUUGUCUUUCAUAUCGAAUGUGAAAAAGUAAGUUUAAAACAUUAUUUUACUAAUCUUUCCAUCCACAAAUUCUAUAUUAUUUAUUGUUUUAUGUGUCUAUGUCUAUUCAAAGAUGAUUUCUAAAAAAUAUUUGUUGAACUUUUCUUUAUUUUGUCGUAACGCACGAUUCCAGUAUCCUCAGCUCUGUAAAAAUUUUUCAAAGGUGUUUGAUCCAAAAUUUCAGAAGAUUCUACGAGUCUUGAUAAUCAUUUAAACUUGAAUGCUCAUUCAACAUAUUCAUGAACUGUAAUUUUUAUUCUCAACAUCACAGAUAGCAAAUUAAUUUUUCUGAGUAGUCCUGAAGGUGAUAUUGUGGUAGUUAUCCGUACUGAAUAUUAUUUUAUUCAGUAAUAAAUUAAUCCUUAUUCAAUAUCUCAGUAGAUUCUAAAUUUUAAUUUCUAGCAGAAUAGUUUAUAUACACAUUUUAUAUUGUUUAUUAUUGUGCUGUGUGUUUUUGUGUAUUCAUUUAGAUUCACACUAUUCUGGUGCUAAGGGUAUUCUUAGUGUAGAGAAAAUAAUAUUUUAUAUUCAAUCUUUUGCAAACAGUUCUAUAUCGUUGUAGUGCGUAGAAUAUCACCAAAUCACUAUAAGCUUUACACUUGUUCUGUGUGUUUAUUGGCUCAUAAAAUCAAUGUCGGUAAUUGCUCAUCAAUUAUUGUUAUUUGUAGCUUGAAUGUGUAGAUGUAAGUACUUAUAUUUGUUGAGACAAAUUUGCUUGAACAUUCUUUAGAAUUUUUAGAGCAGCUUCAAACUUGUGUUUCAUGUGGUUAUCAAUAUAAUUCUUGGGAAUGUUUUAAAUGUGGUGGAUUCACCGUUUGUGUGCGUUACUUAGAAUACAUUAUGAAACAAUAAUUAUUUUAUCUAUAAACCGGGAAUUGAAUUUAACUAUCAUGAUUCCAGUAAGCUACUAAAUUUGAUUUCUUCUUAAAAUCAAAAUAAUAACUUCCUCAACAAACCUUAUCUGUAACAAAAUAGAAUAGAGUGUAUAAAUUUGUGAUAUUUCAACAGAUACAAAUUUCUAAGCAUAUCGUAUAAUUCUUGUGUCGUAUCAUUGUGAAACUAGGUAAUUAUCUUGAAAAAUUAUCUCUCGUGGAGCAUUUAUUAUUUGGUAUAGAUUGUUUAAUUUAUUAUUUAAAUCUCGCCAAUUAAAAUUCCAUAUUUUGGUGCAGGCUCAGAAAUUUCUAUUAGCUGUAUUAUAAUAUUAUUAAAAUGUAGGUUAGAUAAUUAUGAUUUUUAAGGAUUUAACAACAUUGACACAAAAAAGGUGUGUCCAUACAUUUCAACCCUGGAUAAUAGGUUUGUUUUAAAAUAUCUUUCCUCUGUGAUUUGAAGAACACUUUGAUAUUUAUAAUGGUCUUACAAAUUCAAACACCAACAACAAUAAUGAAAUGGGAGGAUCUUUGAAUUCAAAUUUAAUGCAAUAAAUCAAACACUUGAACUAAAUUCAUUUGAUUAUUUGGAGCCAGAUAUUAGGAGAAACAAACAAUUUCUAUUAUAAGUUGCAAAUAUUAAGGAACUUUAAUAAAAAAUUAUCAGUUUGGUAAAUUUCUCAUAUAUUUUUCUUUCUCUUAUAUUAUAUUUUUUGUAGAUUCAAAGAUUUCUAUGGUGUUGUAAAUCAAUUUAUUGUAGAUGUAUAAUAUUGAGAGAUUUGUUGAAUAAGUAAUAAUUUUAUUAGUGAAUUUUGUAGUAUUCUAUAUUUGGUGAUGAGUUUUUAUUAUCGAAUAGGAUAAUGAUGAUAAAUUGAAGUGUAUAGCCUAAUGCAAGUUUUAAUAUGUUUCCCAUAGUAAUGUUAUACAUAAUCAAAUUAUUAUAUAUUAUUGUUUGGAUGUAAUAUUGUUGAAUAUAAUUGUUAUAAAUUAUG